CCACUGUCUCCGCAUCUGCAGCGCGCCGCGUCCUCCUCCGGUGUCUCUGGUCUGUCUCUGUCCCGGUGUCGUCUCCCGGAGCAUCCACCCGCCGCCAGCUGCUCCCGGGGCCUGGACGCCUCCUCCCCGGCUCUUCCUCCUCCUCUCCCCGGGCCUGGGCGCAUCCUCCCCGGCUCUUCCUCCUCCUCUCCCCGGGCCUGGGCGCAUCCUCCCCGGCUCUUGUGGCUGUCCUCCCCGGGCUUCAGCGCCUCCUCCGCGGUCAUGGUGCAGGAGAUGGAGUCUCAGUGCGAGUACCUCAUGUACUUCCCUGCGGUGCCGCUCAGUGAGCUGAGUGACCCGGCGCGGUACCGGAGCCUGCCCCGGCGCAGUCACCUGUAUCUGGGGGAGACCGUGCGCUUCCUGCUGGUGCUGCGCUGCCGGGACUCACGUCUGUCCGAGUCCACAGAGUCGGGAUCGUGGAGAGAUCUGGCGUCCUCGCUGUGUGCCGUGGCGAGCGUCUCCCCCGGCGACAGCUCCCGUCACCGCAAUAACCAGCAUCACCACGGCGACGAGCAGGACGACUACAUGGCGGCGGCGGAGGCGGCCAUCGCGGCGCUGGGCAGCAGAGUGGACUCACGGUGCCGCAGCUUCAGGGACUGUAAACCUCUGAUCAUUCACACGUCCAGAGGACACAGGAGGGCCAACAUACAGUCUCCUCUGGAUGAGCCUGUCGUUCUCUCUGAUGAGGUCAUCUUUCCUCUGACCGUGUCUCUGGACAAACUCCCGGUCACUACACUCAAAGUCAAGGUGAUGGUGACCGUGUGGAAGAGGGAGCAGGACAAAGCGGAGGUGCAGGAGCUGGGUUAUCUGUCUGUUCUCCAGCAGAGGGCGCCGGUGCACACGUUCAGACACGACCUCAACACGUUCAAAGCCCAAGUGAGUACGACUCUGAGCGUGCUCCCUCCUCCCACUGUGCGCUGCAAACAGAUGACUGUGUCAGGGCGCCACCUCGCUGUGCUCAAAGUUCUAAACGAGUGCUCUCAGGAGGAGCUGAGGAUUCGGGAUGUGAAGAUACUUCCAAACUUAAAUGCGUCGUAUUUACCCAUGAUGCCUGACGGCUCCGUGCUGCUCGUCGACAACGUCUGUCACCAGUCGGGGGAGGUGGGCAUGGGCUCCUUCUCUCGUGUGGACACUCCCUCCGGAAGAUUACCCAGCAUGCUCAGCGCGCUGGAGGAGCACGACUUCCUGUUUCAGCUCCACCUCAACGACACCAAUCAGGAAGAGUCCACAGAGGGUCUGGAGGUUCCUCUCGUUGCUGUGAUCCAAUGGUCCACUCCCAAAAUGCCGUUCACCAACUGCAUCUACACACAUUACAGGUUACCGAGUAUCCGUCUGGACCAGCCUCGUUUCGUGAUGACUGCUUCCUGUCCACGCACCGUCAGGGUCAAAGAGCACUUCCGGGUCAGAUACGUCCUGCUCAACAACCUGCAGGACUUCCUCGCCGUCAGGCUGGUGUGGACGCCGGAGGCUCGUGGCUCAGAUGACCCCUCCCUCUCCUCGGUCGUAUGUCUCUCUCCGCUCUCUAACCUCGGUCACUGCAGAAAAGGAAGUACUCUCUCCUUCAGCGUCGGCUUCCAGAUACUCCGACCAGGACUGUACGAGUUGAGUCAACACAUGAAACUAAAGCUGCAGUUCACCGCCUCAGUGUCCAACCCUCCUCCAGACGCCAGACCGCUGUCCCGGAAGAACAGUCCUUCGUCUCCGGCUGUGAGGGACCUGCUGGACCGACAUCAGGCCAGUUUAGGACGCUCCCAGUCCUUCUCCCACCAGCAGCCCUCCAGAUCACAUAUCAUGAGGACGGGCAGUGCCAUGGAGCGGCGGGCCAUCACCCCCCCUGUGGGCUCACCCGUCGGGCGCUCCCUCUACCUGCCCCCCCCUGAACGCACCGUCCUCUCCCUGGACAAGAUCGCCAAGAGAGAGUGUAAGGUGCUGGUGCUGGACGCAGCCGCUUAGAGGAGACGAGGA